GUUUUCAGCGAAAAUAGCGAAUUUUCAAUUUUGUAGUUGAAAGUAUAAACACCCUGAGAUAUCGAUAAAUUGUACAUUAUAAUUUUGUAAAUGAAUUGGAACGCUCGAACGAAACAUUCGUAUAUAAUGAAGCUAGUGGAUUAUCUCGUAUACUCUAUACCAUAAAAAGCCACUAUGUUUAGUUUUCGCGGCAAACUCGGAGUGAAACGGAGUAAAAAGCAGUAGUGAAUAUUAAAAAAAAAAAAAAAAAAUACUCCCAUGCCGAGGAUCACUGCAUCAUGUUUGUGGAAAACUUAGAAAGAGGAUUUUAUCGCUUAGUGAAACAUGAUAGAUGCCUGCUGUUGGUUAACUUUGACGUUGAUGCUAUUUGUGCCUGUAAAAUUUUGCAGCUACUUUUCAAGUAUGAUAACAUGAUGUAUACACUUGUACCUGUUCAAGGUGUUCAAGAUAUGGUUCGUGCUUUUGAAGAAAAUUGCGAAGAGGUAAAAAAUAUUAUUUUUAUAAAUUGCGGCGGUACACUAGACUUAGUAGAGUUAUUGCAACCAGCAGAAUCUGUGAUAUUUUAUAUCCUUGAUAGCCACAGGCCUUAUGACUUGUGUAACAUAUAUUCGGAGGAUCAAGUACGCAUACUUGGUAAACCUGAUGAAGACGAUGAAAUUCCAGAGUAUAAUGACGUAUUCAGAGAUGAUGAUUCUUCUGAUGAAAACGAAACGGAUGAAGAAUCGGCAAGCGAUAGAUCUCAGACAAAAAGGCGAAGGUUGAAUGAGGAAGAUAUUGUGAAAAGAGCUGGGCGAAGAGAAUGGUCUGAGAAAAGGGCAACUAUUUUGUUCAACUACACACAAUACAGCUACUACGGCAAAUCAAGUGCAAUGAUUAUGUUUGAAAUGGCAUGGAAUAUGACAAAGGACAAUUUGGACAUGAUUUGGUGGGCUAUAAUUGGUUCUACGGAACAAGCUAUUCUUGGUAAAGUAGAAUCAAGAUUGAGCGUUCUUGAUGAAGGUUUCCUUCAAGCUCACGUGUCUAGAUUGACUCAUAAAAAAGGAGCUGAAGUUGAUAAGCAACAGCAGCAACAAAGUACAGUCAAAAUUACUUAUGAUAAAGAUCUCUUGCUUGUAUUAUAUCGUCAUUGGACUGUAGAAGAUAGCUUAAGACAUUCAGUACCAACAGCAGUAUCGUUACGACUUUGGUCCCUUAGAGGGGAACAACGGUUAAAGGGAUUGUUGGCAGACAUGGGUUUGCCUCUAGCGCAAUCAAAGCAACGAUUUUCGGCAAUGGAUCUUGCACUUAGACAAGAAUUUAAACAAAUGGUUGAAAAAUUAGCAGGGAAAUAUAAAGUGGAUACUAUAAUUGGAACAAGCUUUACUCUUCAAUAUGGUUACAAAUUUAAAUACUGUGCUUCAGAUAUAGUUUAUGCUAUGCUUGCUUUAAUAGAAUCUUCUUCAAAAACGAAAUUACCGCAAGGCUGUUUUUUAGAUGCUUUGGACUGUUUAUCUCGUACAAAGAAAGACAUUUUAGAAAGUGGCAUAGAAAAAGCGAAACUUAUGCUUAAGACUGUUUUUAAAACUGCACAGACUAUAUUGCAAUUGAAAGAAAUUAGAAACACCGGCUCGUUUCUUUAUGUAAUUAUUCCAGAGGGAAGCGCUGACAAUUUUAUAUUCGCGCAUCCAUAUCCAUUAAUGAUGUUAGCACAAUUUACUCUAAAGGCUUAUGUAGAUUCUUCAAAAAACAGGCGGGCACCGGAAUUGCCACUUGUAGCUUCUGCAGUGUACAAUGCAGAAGAGAGAAUGUGUAUAAUGAUUGGUAUACCACCGGUAUGUGAAGAUCAACCCAGAAGUUUAUUUGGAAGAGCUUUUGAACAAGCGGCAAAAAAUACAAAUUCUUAUAUAGAUGCAGAUUAUUUUGAUUCUACAAUAAUAAGACUGAAAAUUGAAGAAAGGCCAAAAUUUUUGGAUGCUCUCGCAUCUCUUUUAGCAUAAAAUUUUAGUGACUAAUUUAAUAUGUAAAAUAAGAAUUUUUUUCUUCAUAUAUUUAUUUUUUUUAAAUAGUACAAAAUAACGAUAAUGAAAUCUUUUUAAAAAUACGACGGGUCGAAUCAAGUAUAUUUUAUUUUUUGUGACAAAUUGCAAUUGACAAACGUAACUUAAUAGUAUUUUCAUUUAUGUACGGAACAAUCGAAUAGGAAGUUUAUUCAGUGAUGCACGGAAUAAAUUAACGAUACGCUAAUGUAAAAUGCAAAUGAUAUGUAAUAAUUUUUAUAUAAAAACAGAAUUAAUUUG